GCUUCAACAUGUCCUUCUUUCGCCUCGCUGCCCGUAGCGUUGCACGACCACGACUUGUGCUGGCCCCACGGGUGGCCACGGCAUUGCCCCAGCGCAGUCGGGUUCUGCAGUACGCUGCAUACUCUGCGUCGGCAGGUCUCUCCAAAGGCGAUAUUACGGCGCGUGUGAUAGAUGUCUUGAAAGGAUUUGAGAAGGUGGAUCCUGCCAAGCUCACAGAGACGUCUAGGUUCUCCGAGGACCUUGGUCUGGAUAGUCUUGACGCGGUUGAAGUUGUUAUGGCAGUUGAGGAGGAGUUUGCCAUUGAAAUCCCAGACGAGGAGGCGGACGAAAUCAAGACCGUACAACAAGCCAUUGAUUACAUUGCCAAAACGCCGGAAGCUCACUAGAAGCGUUUCACAUGACGAUCCAUAGUCACUGUACAUGGCCUUAAUUUCAUCUGUUCUCUUCUGCUGUCUCGAAGUGUCAUUGCCGUUGGAAUUCUCCACGUGGGGCGCCGGUAUCUCUUUUACUUCGAUCGAUAUGACGUGACGCCUCGAAUUCCUUAGAUGAAACUGCCAUCCUCAAGUUGCUACUCAAUGCAGUUAGAUUGCCUGUC